CACCACUCGAUUACAGUUUUUCGUACGUCCACUUUCGUUUUUUCUUCCAUUUUCUUCCUCAUAAAAUCCACACCCAAUUAUCAUAUCAAAACACUCCAUCGAUCUCGGAUUCCUUCUUCUUUCUUAUGGAUUCUGAUCAAUUCCUCUCCUUCUUCACUCCCACUUCCCACCCACUUUGCCGGAAUCCCCACCGCCGCUCUCUUUUCCGCUCAUUUCUUUGGAUUCCGGCUCUCUAACUUCCCUCUCUGAGAAAUCCAAGUUUCUUAGUGCACAUGCACAUGGAAUUGGAUUUAAACUGAAUUUAAGCAAUUUGAUGUUCAGAAAUUGAUUCUUUAAAAGGAAGAACCAAAGUUUGGGAUCAGUGGGGUUGUGAAAAUUGGAAUUGUUGAACUGAUGGGGCAUUUCUCCACCAUGUUCAAUGGGCUCGCUAGGUCAUUUUCGUUCAAGAAAGGUAGAAAUUCCGGAAGUCUCGAUGAUGGGGGAGGGCGAGAAUCUGCAAAAGCCAUGUUAAAGGAUGCCAAAAGGAAAGACUCUAUAUUAUGCACCUCCGGUGUUCUCAAUUCAGAAGGUUCGGAUACUUUUGCUUCGGUGUUUUCGAAGAAAGGCGAAAAAGGAGUAAACCAAGACUGCUGCAUUGUAUGGGAGGAAUUUGGUUGCCAAGAAGACAUGAUAUUCUGUGGGAUUUUCGAUGGGCACGGACCAUGGGGUCAUUUUGUUGCAAAGACGGUAAGAGAAUCAUUGCCACCUUCUUUGCUGUGCCAUUGGCAGCAAGGACUUGCUCAAGCUUUUCUUGACCCAGAAUUGGAUUCAGAAAAGAAGCAUCAACGAUAUGAUAUAUGGAAGCAUUCUUAUUUAAGGACUUGUGCUGCCAUCGAUCGCGAACUCGAGCAGCACCGUAAAAUCGAUACAUUUUACAGUGGAACAACUGCCCUGUCCAUUGUUAAACAGGGCGAACUAGUCGUUUUGGCCAACGUAGGUGACUCCCGAGCAGUUUUAGCUACUACUUCAGAUGAUGGAAGUGUAGUAGCCGUUCAGCUCACAGUUGAUUUCAAACCAAACCUACCUCAGGAGACCGAACGGAUAAUUCAAUGCAAUGGGAGGGUGUUUUGUUUAAGUGACGAGCCAGGAGUUCACAGAGUCUGGCUUCCAAACGAAGAAUCACCGGGAUUGGCGAUGUCGAGAGCCUUUGGUGAUUAUUGUAUUAAAGAUUUUGGACUCAUUUCUGUACCAGAAGUGACACAUAGAAGUAUAACCAGCAGAGACCAAUUCAUUAUAUUGGCUACUGAUGGGGUAUGGGAUGUUGUCACCAACCAAGAAGCAGUGGAAAUCGUAUCAUCAACACCGGACAGAGCAAAAGCAUCAAAACGUCUGGUUGAGUGUGCGGUUCGGGCAUGGAAGCGGAAGAGACGGGGCAUUGCAAUGGAUGAUAUAUCAGCUAUUUGCCUCUUCUUCCACUCCUCAUCAGAGCAAGAACAUCACCUUGUAUCCCCACUAUAGGAGAAAAGAACCAAUAAGCUAAACAUAUUGUUGCUCUCCUUGUUCCAAUUGUAAUAUCAUCAUUUUUAAUAGUUCAUUAGAAAAUGUCCAACUUUCUUCUUCUUGUUCACA